AUGACGCGGCUCCUGUCACUCCUUGUUUUCCUUUUCUCCGCUGUCCUGGCCUCAGCUUCUACCGACUACCAUGAGCAGCUGAAUCUACGCCCAUUGCCCCUGUCGGGCUUGCUUGCGAGCUUCAACUUUCGAGCCAACAUUACCCUCGACGACUUUGAAACGAAAAACUUUAGAAUAUUCCCCAGAUCCCUUGCGCAAAUCCUGCAAUACGCUGGGACGCGCGAGCUACACUUGCGAUUCGCACUCGGGCGCUGGGACACGGAAACAUGGGGUGCCCGGCCGUGGGAUGGGCGCAAGGAGGGCGGACAAGGCGUCGAGCUCUGGGCGUGGCUGGAUGCGCAGUCAGACGCUGAGGCAGACAAGAAAUGGCUGAUUCUCACGAAUGCACUCUCCGGGCUGUUUUGUGCUAGUCUCAACUUCAUCGACGGAACCAGAACCAUCCGCCCCGUCAUGUCGUUCCAGCCCGAAGGCGAUCACUCGGAUGCCAUACUCGCCAACACGCGGUUAUUGCACGGGGUGUUACCGCACGAGGUUGUUUGUACGGAGAACUUGACGCCGUUCUUGAAGCUGCUUCCCUGCAAAGGCAAGGCUGGCAUUGCGAGCUUGCUAGACGGCCACAAGCUGUUUGAUGCCUCCUUUCAAAGCAUGGCCAUUGAUGUGAAACCGAUUUGUGACGCCGAGGGCAAGUGCGUCUUGCAGAUGGAAGAAACGAUUGACAUGGUCCUCGACGUGAACCGAUCAAAGCGACCCAGAGACAACCCGAUCCCGCGACCGCCGAAUCAGGAUGAGCUUGUGUGCGACACGUCCAAGCCUUACCACGCGGAGGACACCUGCUUCCCUGCCGAUCAUAUGCUCGGCCAGGACUGGACGUUAUCACAAGUUUUUGGCCGGCCAAUGCAGGGAGCGUGCCCGCUGACCGACGAUUCUGUGCCUCCCGUAUGCCUGCACGUUCCCCACUCGCGAAGCGUGUACUCCUCAGAAGGGUCGCACGAGAUCAAAGACGCCGAAACACCCAAGCGAUGCUACAGCAUUCCUGCCGAGGGCGAGUUCACCCUCGUUUUGACGCAGCCGGAUGUCGUGGACGGCAAAGGCCUCGAGGUCAAUGCGCCCGAGACGCCGAUACUGUUUGCUGAGCGUAGUCUCAAUGGCUAUGGGCAGGAACAUGGCGGCGUGCAGGCCAUCCUCACCAAUCCCAGCGACGAGGAAGUCGAGUUUGUCUACAUGGAGUCGCUGCCCUGGUUCAUGCGCAUAUACCUCCACACACUGUCCACGCGGAUAUCAUCUACUGGCGCCAUGCCCGCAGGUAACAACGCCAGCGACAUAAUCAAGGAGAUUUACUACCGCCCGGCGCUCGAUCGCGAGCGCGGAACGCAGCUGGAGCUCCUCGUGCAGAUUCCACCUCGCUGCACCGUCUUCCUCACCUACGACUUUGAAAAGUCCAUCCUGCGAUACACGGAAUACCCCCCCGACGCGAAUCGCGGCUUCGACGUUGCCGCCGCUGUCAUCACUACGUUGCGGCCCAAGGCCAUGAGCCUGCGCACCACCGGUCUGCUUCUCUACUUGCCCACGCCGGAUUUCAGCAUGCCGUACAACGUUAUCAUCCUGACGUCGACCGCCAUCGCACUCGCCUUUGGUGGCCUGUAUAACAUCAUUGUACGCCGCAUGGUGGGCGCGAAUGAGGUUGCGCCGUCGGCGCUGAAGCUGAAGCUUGAUAAGCUCAUCUCGCGUUUCAAAGGGAAAGGCUCAUCGACGUAA